CAUUGGUGGUGGUUGUGUUUGCUGUUGCCUUCCAUUCAAACUCUGAUUUUGCCCUCUUUCUUCCAGCAGGUACUAGUGGGAAUUUCCUCAAGCCUCUCACAUGCCAACAGGACUCUUCCUUUCAGAAAAAAUGUGGUGGCGAAGCAGAAAGUUUCUACCCUCACCAGUGCCAGCAGAAGAAAUGCUGUUAUAAUAACCACACCUGCUACUACCAUGCAGUUGAUGCUGCCAGACAACGCCGGAACGCAGGGAUCCUUGGCGGGAUCUCUGUCAUCGUGGCCAUCCUCAGCAUGUGUCUUUAUUUCAGCUGGAAGUUUAAGGAGUUCCAAGUAAAGGAAAGAGAGCUGGAGAGGCCGCGGAGCGAGGGAGAAAUGGCCGAUUAUCUGGUCAAGCUCCUGGAUGAAGAAAGCGAAGUGGAUGACGCCCUAGAUCACAGGAACCCCUGGAUGCAAGGAAAUUAUGUGGAACAGCCGCGCUGGAGCACAGAAGCGAGGAUGGGAAGUAUGGAGGAGCCGCCGUGGAGUGCAGAAAUCACCCCGGAACCGAGCCCAGGGCCAAUGCAGCCAGCGGAAACCCUGGCGCUGCCCCCGGUGGCGCCCCCAGAACCCCCGCCAGCACCGCCUCCAGCACCUCCGCCAGCGCCAGCCGGGGAACCUCCACCCCCGGCCCCUCCACCACCUCCGCCACCAGCCCCAGCAGCAUCUGGGGAACCACCCCCGGCGCCUCCACCACCUCCACCUCCGCCACCUGGGGAACCAGCCCCGGCACCAUCUGGGGAACCACCCCCAGCACCUCCACCUCCGCCACCACCUCCGCCACCUGGGGAACCACCCCCAGCGCCUCCACCAGCUUAACCACCCCAUAUAGCACAUAUAUAUUUAUUAUCAUUAAAAGAGUUUAGUUUCCCCAGCCUCUGCUUAUUGCUGUGGUAUCUAGA